AUGCUGGCUAAACCAACGCCGGAGAUUCCUCUAAUUCUUUACGUGGCGGUCACCGAUGCGGCGGUAAGCACAAUUUUGCUUCAGGAGGAAAACAAGCAGUACAAAAUCAUAUACUUUGUCAGUUAUACACUGCAAGGGGCGGAGGUGCAUUACCAAAAAAAUAGAAAAGGCAGCUCUAGCAAUACUGAAAACGGCCAGAACACUUCGGCCAUACUUCAGAGCUUUCAAAUAAGGGUCAAGACUGACAUCCCACUGCGGCAAGUUUUACAAAAACCUGAUUUAUCAGGGCGACUGGUUAGUUGGUCGGUAGAAUUGUCAGAAUACGACAUUAUUUAUGAACCUAGAGGUCAAGUCACAAUUCAAAGUUUAAUUGACUUUGUAGCGGAAUUAACGCGUACUGAAGGCGACAAGGAAAAUUCAGAGUGGGUACUUUCAGUGGAUGGUUCGUCAAAUGAAUCAGGAAGUGGGGCUGGAGUGUCAAUCGAAAGCCUAGACAAAAUGCUGAUUGAACAAUCGUUAAAGUUUGAAUUCCGGGCGAGCAACAAUCAGGCUGAGUAUGAGGCAUUAAUAGCUGGUUUGAGACUUGCUAUUGAACUGGGAGUGCAAAGACUAUACAUAAAGGGCGACUCUCAAUUGGUUGUAAAGCAAGUUCGCGACGAGUACCAGGUGAAGGACCCGCAACUGCCUAAGUAUCUGGAAAUUGUCCAGAGGCUCAUUCAGGCGAUCGGACAAGUUAGGAUUGAGCACAUACCAAGAAGCCAGAAUGAGCGCAAAGAUGCAUUGGCUAAAUUGGCAAGUACUGGGCGACUCGGGAAUUACCAAACGAUGAUACAAGAAAUACUACCCCGCCCAAGUACAGAUAUGGUUGAAUUCAAAGUAGCAAAGGCUAUAGAGAAUGGAGAGCCAUCUUGGAUGGACCCGAUUAUCGAAUUUUUAAGUCAGCGACCUCAGGAUGAAAGCAGAAACACCAAGGAAAGGAGAAGAGAGGCUAGUUUUUAUACCCUGGUUGGCGGACAACUGUAUAGGCGGGGAAUUAUGUCUCCAAUGCUUAAAUGUGUGGAUACCGCAAAGUCUCAAGAAAUAAUGGCUGAAGUCCAUGAAGGAGUCUGCUCAAGCCACAUUGGAGGGCGGUCUUUGGCUGUGAAAGUACUCAGGGCGGGAUUCUAUUGGCCAACUAUCAAAAAGGAUUGCCUUGAAUACGUGAAGAAAUGUUCAAAGUGUCAAGUUUUUUCUGAUAUACACAAGGCACCGCCAGAGCAACUCACAACAAUGACCGCCCCAUGGCCCUUCGCCAUGUGGGGGACGGAUAUCUUGCGACCUUUCCCAAAAGAAAAAGCUCAAAUGAAAUUCAUCGUGGUGGCGGUGGAUUAUUUCACCAAAUGGAUAGAAGCUGAAGCACUUGCAACAAUUACGGCAGCCAAGAUAAGAAAUUUCUUGUGGCGACGUGUUGUGUGUCGCUUUGGAGUUCCAAUGGCGUUGGUCAUGGAUAACGGCACGCAAUUUACCAGUGCAUUGACAAGAGAUUUUUGUGCUGACCUAGGGAUUGACAUGCGCUUCGAUUCAGUCGAGCAUCCACAAACGAACGGUCAAGCUGAGGCGGCCAACAAGGUCAUACUGAACGGGUUGAAGAAAAAGCUGGAUGAGGCGAAAGGGUGGUGGGCGGAGGAAUUACCCGGAGUCUUAUGGACGUACAACACUACGGUCCAAACGAGCACAGGGGAAACGUCGUACAUGCUAACUUAUGGUUCAGAUGCUAUGUUGCCUGUGGAAGUAGAAAACCAAAGCUGGAGGGUUAUGCACUGA